AUCAAAUAAUUCAUUUGAAACAGUUAUUCAGGAUAAUAUUUAUGAAGGAAUGAAUAAAACGGAGACCGUGCACAAUGAUCAGGGUUUCGUUGUUGGUAUAUACAGCGCGUUGUUUGUUGUUGGGGCUGCGGGGAAUGUGUGUGUGUUUGUGUCUCUCGUGAGAUCAAGAAGACGAAAGUCUAGAGUCAACCUUCUAAUGACCCAUCUUGCUGUCGCUGAUCUGAUAGUUACCUUCAUUGUAAUCCCCUUUGAGAUUGGAUGGAGAACGACAAACGCCUGGCUCGCUGGUAAUUUGGCUUGCAAAUUUUUUUUAGUGUUGCGAGCUUUUGGUCUUUAUCUUUCUUCCAACGUGCUGGUGUGCAUUUCUUUGGAUAGAUAUUUCGCAGUGCUUCAUCCACUUAGAUUGGCAGUGGCGAGAAACCGAAGUAAAACUAUGCUUUGGGUUGCCUGGCUUGGAGCUUUUAUAUGUAGCUUCCCACAGAGUUUAGUUUUUCGUGUGAUGCAACAUCCGACUGUGCCAGAAUUCCAGCAGUGCGUUUCCUUCGAGGCUUUCUCCAACCGACAUCAGGAGUUGGCAUACAACUUGACCUGUCUCGUUGUUAUGUAUUUUGCACCUCUCACUAUUAUCACCGUUAGUUACAUAUGCAUCUUCUUUGAGAUUCAUACAAAUUCAAAAGAAGUCACAAGUAAACCUCCAACUACGGAAUCGGGUCGUAUACAGUUACGUCGUUCCGACCAGAGGCCUCUUGCCCGAGCGAGACGAAGAACACUUCGCAUGACUGUCACCAUCGUGAGCGUGUUCGCAUGUUGCUGGUUGCCGUAUGCUACUAUGACGCUAUGGUAA